AUGACACUUGCCAGAGAUGCUCCUGGAUCAGCAGCAUACUUUGCAGCCUACGAGACCGUCAAGCGCUCACUCACACCAAAGAACGCAGACGGCACACCCGGCGAGCUCAGUCUUCUGGCCGUCAUGGCCGCAGGUGGUGCCGCCGGUAUUGCCAUGUGGAUCCCCGUCUUCCCCGUCGACACCGUCAAGAGUCGUCUCCAGUCGGCAGAAGGCAACCCUACCAUUGGAGGCACCGUCAAGGAGCUCUACAGAAGAGGAGGUUACAAGGCAUUUUUCCCUGGUAUCGGUCCCGCAAUGGCUCGUGCUGUCCCCGCCAACGCUGCCACUUUCCUUGGAGUCGAGCUGGCUCAACAAGCCAUGUCCAAGAUGUUUGACUAG